ACUAAACUGGGUUUCUAACCUAAUCUACAUUUGCGCGCGUAAAUUCAGCCCCUCUAUUUUCAGAUAUUCAGACUUAUCAAAAAGCUGAACUUAGCUGAAUUUCAGUCUCUAGAGUCUUUAUUUACGUUUCUCGGUGAUUGUCAUUCAGUGAUUCAGUUUGUAAUCAUGUGGAAUAACGAAAGCUCCAUGGGUGGAGGUGGAUUCCUGGACGAUAGUACGCAGAGUGCUGGUACUGGCAAAAAAGGGCCACAAAAUGACAAGACUAUUAUCCCCGUAUUAAUAAAGCAUAUCACGUCCACCACAGGGGAUCUGCAAAUCGCCGGUAGAACUGUAAACGUUUUGUCAAUUGUUGGAAUCAUACGUCAUAUUGAGCAAGACACGACAAAAAUCUCGUACACUAUCCAGGAUGACACAGGUGUUCUUACAGCUAUUAUGUGGCUAGAAGCAGAUAAAAAUCCUGAUGAAAGUAACACUUGUACACAAAUCAACACAUACGUGCGAAUACAUGGACUGAUACGCACACAAAAUAAUCAACGACAUGUCUUGAUUUUACGCAUGUAUCCUUUGGAGGACUUGAACGAUUUGACAUGUCACUUUAUGGAGGUCAUGUAUUUCAUGCUGAAGGCUAGCAAACCUGCGGAAGAAACCGGUUUACCUUCCAAUAAUUCAUUAAUGAUUGAUAAUACAAUGAGUGGCAUGUCACCGGAGCAAGUGGCAGUUCUCGAGGUGGUUCGAUCAGCAAAUGAAGCUGAAUGUGGUAUCGAGAAACGAGAUAUUUUAGCAAAAGUACCGAAACAUGUUAUAUCUCGUAUAGAUGAGAUAUUAGACUUUCUUCUCUGCGAAGGACAUAUUUAUACAACCAGUUCAGAGGAUUUCUUUAAAGCUACCUAAAUG